GCCCACGGCCCGCUGCUGCGGCAGGGACCUCCCCUUUAACGGCGGCAACUCCGCGUUCCGCUGACCCCACGGCGGCUGCCGCUGCUAACUGCAGCUCCUGCUGCCUCCACCGCCGGCCUCGGGCAGCAGCAUCCUCGCCCAGGCUGGGUCCCCGCCCCACCAUGGUGUCCUGGAUCAUCUCUCGCCUGGUGGUGCUCAUCUUCGGGACCCUGUACCCAGCCUAUUCUUCCUACAAGGCCGUGAAGACCAAAAACGUGAAGGAAUACGUAAAAUGGAUGAUGUACUGGAUCGUCUUUGCCUUCUUUACCACAGCUGAGACACUUACGGAUAUAAUACUGUCCUGGUUCCCCUUCUACUUCGAGCUCAAGAUUGCUUUUGUCAUAUGGCUGCUGUCCCCUUACACCAAGGGCUCCAGCGUUCUCUACCGCAAGUUCGUGCAUCCUACGCUGUCCAACAAGGAAAAGGAGAUCGACGAAUAUAUCACACAAGCCCGAGACAAGAGCUACGAGACCAUGAUGAGGGUGGGCAAGAGAGGCCUGAACCUGGCCGCCAAUGCCGCAGUCACCGCUGCCGCCAAGGGCCAGGGGGUGCUGUCCGAAAAGCUCCGGAGCUUCAGCAUGCAGGACCUGACUCUCAUUCGAGACGAGGAUGCACUGUCACUGCAGGGACCAGAUGGCCGCCUCCGACCCGGCCCCGGGGGUCUCCUGGACACCAUUGAAGACCUAGGAGAUGACCCUGCCCUGAGCGUAAGGUCUAGCACAAGCCAGGCAGAACUCCGGACUGAGACCUCAGAAGACGACCUGGGAGAUAAGGCAACCAAGAGGACCAAAACUAUCAAAAAAGUGCCCAAAGCUGAGCCAGUGGCUUCCAAGACGCUGAAGACCCGACCCAAGAAGAAGAGUUCUGGAGGGGGCGACUCAGCCUGAGGUCCUCCCGUCCCCCCCAACCCCUCCAGUGUAAGACGGUAGCGAGCACUGGGAAGAGCUGCGCGGCCCAGCACCCCCGCUCCACAAGUGGGCCACCAGCCCAAGUGUUUCCGACCCGAGACCCCCGCCCCCCAGAUGGCUGUCUCCCGUGCCCCCCCCCAUGGACACUCCUCCGGAGGGGGGCUUGGCAACGAACGAGGAGGGAGGCGCAGCUGUAGGGUGGGGGACGCAAGCUGAUGACUGAGCCCUGGGGAGGAGGUGGGGGCUCCUUGGCCGGCCCCGCUCUUCUCGCCGCUCCAGCCCCGCCCCGUCCAUCCAGUGCCUUGCUGAAGACCAUGGCCAGCCGCUUGGGGCCUCCACCGCUCUUCCUUGAACAGGGGUCGUGGCCGCCACAGUCCAGACAGACCAAGGAGGGGGUUCGGGGCUUAAGGCUCCUCGAGAAGGGGAAGGAAUGGGGCAGAUCCGAGGGGGGGGUGUCACUCGGCACAACUGUGAGUGGCAGACACGGGCUGAAAGUGAGCUACACGGACCUUCCGGGAACUGCAGCUGGUAGGGGCCGUGCGCUCUGCAUCACCGCCAGAAAGAGGAGGGAUUCCAAGGGUGUGCAUGCUGGGGAGGCUGGGAAAAGUGGUCACUUCCUCCCUACUUCAGCCCUGGUCUUUCUUCCUCUUUAUCCUCCCCUGCUGGUCUCUCAGAGACCCCCCGAGCCUUUGACAGAAGGAGGCUCCAAGGGGCCUCUUCCCGAUCCGAUCCUUCCAUCCUGGAUCUUUUACCCAUUCGCGCCCCUAGGCUGGAUCCUCCUCUCCUAGGGCCCACGGUAGAGGUCCUGCUGAGCUCUUGGCUCCUUUCCUCUCCUGUCAAGGGGACCCGUCCUACCUUGCCAUGGGGUCCCCUUCCUGUGCCAAGCAAACCCCUGUCAGAACCAACCUGGACCGCUCCCCUGGUCCUGGUUCUACCAGCUUUUUAGGGCCAAGUGGAAUCCGGGAAGAAGGAAGAGAAACGAGCCCAGAGGCUCCUGAUUCGGUAGUGCCCACUGGAUGAGCCAAUAAAGGAAACUCUGCCACCUCCUCCA